AAACAACAAGCGGAUGAAAAUGCUAUGAACCGACCUUCUUUAUAUACGCUUCAAAAUUUGUUGUGGAAAGUUGGGGAAUUGUUUAGGUUCGACUUGUUCCUGGAUUUAUGGACGAUGGAAGCCCUUAAUACGUACUACAGCAAGGAAGAGUACGUGGAAACUGCAUCUGGGAACAAGGUUAGUCGCCAGACUGUACUGUGCGGCUCACAAAACAUCGUCCUACAUGGCAAGGUAAUCGUGCAGAGUGGAGCCAUCAUUCGUGGAGAUUUGGCUGCCGUACGCACUGGCAGAUACUGUGUCAUUUCGAAGGGAUCCGUCGUUCGACCACCGUACAAACAGUUUAGCAAGGGAGUGGCAUUUUUCCCACUUCAAAUCGGCGAUCAUGUGUUUAUUGGUGAGGGUGCCGUUGUGUCUGCGGCAUCGAUCGGAUCGUACGUUUACAUUGGCAAGAAUGCUGUGAUAGGUCGUCGAUGCAUGCUGAAGGAUAACUGUAUUGUCGAGGAUGGAGCGGUAGUUCCACCGGAAACGACAAUUGCCAGCUACAUGCGCUACACCGCCGACGGAAGGAUUGAGGGUGGCCAAGGUAAUCCUGAUUUCGUACCUCACGCCAUGCUAGACUUGAUGAUUGAAUUCACCAAAUCGUACUACGAUCAUUUCGUGCCAGCACCCAACUGACGACAACGUGAACUCUCGGCUCCUCCACCGAGAGUUCCUCGUGUGCAAUGAAAGAAUCCUUUUCCCACAAGCAUUUCCACGGCAAUCUGUAAGAGUCGUUCAUUAACAACUAAUCUUAAACUAUAAACACAUAUUUAUUCGAAGUGAAAAUAAACAAAU